CGCAAAUAUUUUAUUCCGCAUUCCCCAAAGUUAAGUGGUUUAGAGAAUAUUGAAACUAGUUAACGACACGUUAUAACCUCAACAAUGGGCCAGCAGCAUCCACGGACAAUGAGGAUAAUGGUAGUAGGCGAAAGUGAAGUAGGAAAAACAAGUCUGAUGAUGCGUUUCAUAGGGGAGGAAUUCCGCAACUAUAGGGAAACAGUCGAUUUUGAGUAUGAAAAGAAACCCCUGUACAUGAAGGGUGAGCAGAUAAAUCUUGGGAUAUUGGAUACGGCUUGUAUCGAAAAGUUUCGUUCGGUUAGCUCAAUGUAUUAUACGGGCGUACGGGGAGCCAUUCUGGUGUAUGACGUCACCGACAGGGAGACAUUCUACCAGCUAGAAUCGUGGAUAAGACAGCUGGAUUUGCACGGUACGUACAAAAACAUGGUCAAAAUUAUUGUGGCCAAUAAGAUUGAUCAACCGUUACGGGAGGUUAGCAAAGAUGACGGGAUGCAAUUUGCCAAUGAGCGCGGUAUGAUGUACAUGGAAACCUCGGCAAAAACGAACGAAGGUGUAAAGGACGCUUUUGAGGCUCUUGUUCGUAAGAUUAUGGAAACCAACGGAUUGUGGACACCAAAUGAUGAACCGGUUAAUAUAAACUAUAAUUAUAAUUUGGUGAAUCAGCCACAGGCGCAACUAUUAACAAACAACCAGCCUUCAAUGUUCGCCUCCAUAAUUGGGACUAUAGCCUCCUUAUUCGAAAUUAACCAACGAAAUGUAAACUAUAAUUAAAACUUUUUACUUCACCAAUUAAAACAU